GUGUCCUUCGGCGCCGGGGCGAGCUCGGGCCCGUUCCCCCGAGCAGGCUGCGGCCGGAACUUUGGGGCGCCCCCAAACGCGGGCGGAAGGGGAGCCCAAGUCCCAGCCGCGGGGCCGCCCUUCGCGCUAUAGGUUGUCCUGACGGAAGCUCCAGAACCGUUUGACAGUCUCCAGGAACAUUAUAAUAAUCUAUGUAUGGAAAAGUCCCAGAAAAUUAAUCCUUUUAUAUUGCACAUACUCCAAGAAGUGGAUGAAGAAAUUAAAAAUGGGUUGGAAAGAAUCACAUUAAACAUUGCUGGUAACAGUCGCUUAACGCCAGUAGAAAGAGUAACAGGUGAAGAUUUUUGGAUUCUUUACAGAAUUUUAAAGAAGAAUCCAUAUAUUACUGGUUUGGAUGUUAGAUAUAACCUCCUAAGUGAUGUUGGCGCAUACUAUGCUGCAAGACUGCUUCAGAAACAACCUUAUCUCAUUUACUUAAACCUUAUGUUCAAUGAUAUUGGCCCAGAAGGUGGAGAAUUGAUUGCUAAAGCACUGCAUAAGAAUAAAAUUCUGAAACACCUAAAAAUGACCGGAAACAAGAUUGAAAAUAAAGGUGGAAUGUGUUUUGCUGCAAUGCUACAAAUUAAUUCAUCCUUAGAGAAAUUAGAUCUGGGUGACUGUGAUCUGGGAAUGCAAAGUGUGAUAGCAUUUGCUACAGUCCUAACUCAGAACCAAACAAUUAAGGGAAUAAACCUAAACCGACCUUUACUGUAUGGUGAACAGGAAGAGUCUACAGUUCAUCUAGGCCACAUGUUGAAAGAAAAUCACUGCCUUGUUGAACUACACAUGUGUAAGCAUCAGAUAAAAACUGAUGGCAUAAGACAGUUAUGUGACGCCCUGUAUCUCAACAGGAGCCUCCGCUACCUUGAUGUCAGCUGCAAUAAAAUAACUCAUGAUGGAAUGGUGUAUUUGGCUGAUGUGCUGAAAAGCAAUACUACCCUGGAAGUAAUAGAUCUUUCUUUUAACAGAAUAGAAAAUGCAGGAGCAAACUAUCUCAGUGAAACUCUUGCUUCACACAACAGGAGUCUUAAAGCAUUGUCGGUGGUCAGCAACAACAUAGAGGGAGAAGGACUUGUUGCUCUUUCACAAUCAAUGAAAACAAAUCCCACUUUCUCUAAUAUCUACAUUUGGGGAAACAAAUUUGAUGAGGCUACAUGCGUGGCAUAUUCAGACUUAAUUCAAACGGGCCGUCUAAAACCAGACAAUACAGAUGUGGAGCCAUUUGUGGUGGACGGACGUGUGUAUCUUGCAGAGGUCUCCAAUGGCCUUAAAAAGCAUUAUUACUGGACACCAACUUAUGGAGGAGCUUGCAGCGACUCGUCUAACGCAGGUUUUACUCUUGUGCCAGUAGGUCAACAUCUAUGAAAAACAAGCUCUAAAAUGAUUUUCACAUAUUUGUCUUACUACUUUCACAGAGGUUAAUAUUUUACUUAUUAAAUUUUUUUUUCAUAAAUUAGGACAAGUUACUUUUGUCAGAUGUGUUAAAAGAUAUGAUGACUAUAUUAAAUGUUGUAUAACUGUCCAUUGUGAAAAACUGAGUAAUUUUUUAAAAGAAAUUUUACAAAAUGGAGACUAAAAUUUCAACCCUGGAGAAAGAAAUCAAGGAACUAAACUUAUUUCUUUUUAUAAGGAAAAUAUAAUCAAGUAGUAAAAAUAGCAUACAAGAAUCAUAGGUACAUAGGUAUCCUAACUGAAAAUUGUCAUGAAGUGGUCAAGUGGUUUCAGGUGGCAGAUUCCCAAGGCAUCUCAAGGGGUUUAGAGGCUGAAAAAGUACUUUAUGUAUCUUAUUGAGAUAUUACAGAUGGGUGUUGAUACAAUUUCACAAACACAGGCAAAUAUAUAUAAACAUACACAUAUACAAAUACGUAUCAAUCAACGUAUACUUUCCAAACAAGUCAGUGCUGCCAGUGAACUUUUUAAGAUAGUUCUCUUUUAGAGGAUGCCAGUAACGUUUUAAUGAUUUGAUAGCAAAUAAUUACUAGUGUCUGUGGCCAAUCUUGUUUUCAAAUUAAGAUUCCUAUAAAGAGGCAAUUGACACGAUGAUCCUUUGAUUACAGACCUAUAUUCACAAAUGUAUUAAUUCAUACGUACCAAGAAGAGGCUGCUUGAUCUGAAUGAUUUAUUACUGCUGAGCCCAGGCAAAGUGUGAAAAAAAUAUGUAGAUAGUUUUAAAAGGUAACUUUGAGGUUCUACAAUCUAAAAGAAAAUAGCAUUUAUCUCUAAAUGUUGAGAGUGAGAUGGCGGAAUAAAGGGGGCGGUCAGCUUCACAGUUGUCUAAGUACUGGCCUUCACUUAAAGUAUUGUGAAUUCCUCAAAUCACUGCUGCGUUUAUUACAAAAAUUUAACACUGCAAAAAAAAAAAAAGUCACAGCUGACACUGCCCAUUCCUUUAGAUUAAACAAGAUAAAUAUCCCCUACACACUAUUUAAUGACUUCUGAAGUUUAACAGAUCGUUCCUUAUAUUCAGCACCUAACACCACCUUUCCGUACUCUCGGGGAAAGUGGGCACAGAUGGUGGUGGUGGUUAUGAAAUGGAAAGAGCAUCUGGAUAAAUUGUAUGAGGCAUUAUUUUCACUUAACGUUAUAGUUAUUGAGCCAGAAAAGACCUAAAUGCCUUACCAAAUCCAUUCUCACGCUUUCAGAGAGAUGAAUUUGAAUCAUCCAGGACAGACGGUUGCUAUCAGGUUGAGUCUGUGCUGAAAAACAAAAUCUUAAAACAUCUGGAAUUGGUUGAAAAAUACACAAGAAUUCAUGUUAAUAAUAACAAAACAUGUGAAAUGGAUUUCAGGGUUUUUUUUUUAAAAGACGUUGUCUAUGUUUUAUUAAAGAAUACCACAAUCUGGUGAUGGAAUUAUAGAAAUAUGACCUUUCAUUGAUGCAAAAAACACUUAUUGAAGAUUUGCUGUCAACAAAUAUUUACAUUGGAACUGACAAAACUAGACAGACCACAGAAUUCUACAAGUGCCUUUAUGUAGCUUGACACUUACACUGAUUAGUUUUAGUAGUUACUGAUUUUACUCUUAGUUAUUGGGUUUUAUCCAACCUUAUUCUACAAUGUUCUUCUCUACAUGUUCCAAAUCUUAUUUUCUUUCCAUUUUAAGAUCUCUCCUCUGCAGACAGGUUUUUUACAAAGUUCUUUUACAUUAUUACAUGCUGACUAUAUCUGGAACUAAAUAUCUGUAUCUAAAAAAGCUAUUACGUACCAGGAAAGUCAAAUGUCUCUGUAUUGUUAAAAAUGCAAUAGGAAAUGAAUAAAAUUUUUUCUUUUAAUCAAAUUUGAAAAAGUGCAGAAUUCAAUAGAUGUAAUAAAACCACACUAUAAGGAUAAAUAUAAACAUUUUACACUCUCAUUACAUUUGGAAAACAUUAAGCUGGUAAGGAAAUGCCCCUUCUAGCAGUUGGAGAGCCAGUAAACUUAAACUUGAAUUUAAACUGACAAACUUCUUACACUCGAACCGACAGGUGCUAAAUCAGCAUUUUUUAAAGUGCGAACGAAGCAUCAGAAUUACCUGGGGCAAAGGUUAAAAAUACAGAUUCUUAGAGUCAGAUCUACUGAAUCAAAAUUUCUGAGGAUAGCCUGGGGAAUCUGCAUUUUCACAAUCCAGGUAAUCUUUAAUCUCAUUAAAGCUGAAGAACAAAUGUUCUAGUAUUCUUAUUCUUCAAAUUAGAUUUUGUACUUUUAAAUGGAAGUAUAGCAAUCAUACAGAAAAGUACACAAAUCUUAAGUGAACAGCUAGAUGAAUUAUCACAAAGCUAACUUGUGUUAACUAUGACCCAGAUAAAGAUAGUAAAUGCCAGAAGCUUCCCAGAAGCUCCUCCAAUCCUCUGCCAAUAGAUAACUGCUAUACUAACUUCUAACACCCGAGUAGUUUUGCCUGUUUUUGAAUUUUAUAUAAAUGGAAUCAUACAGUAUAUACUCUUUCUGUACCUGAAUUUUUUGCUCAACAUUUUAUUAGUGUGAUUCAUUCAUGUUGUUUAAUAUAGCAGUAGUCCACUCAUCUUUUAUUGCUUUGAAGUAUUCCAUAAUAUACUGGGUGGCAGAGGAGUCUACAUGAUUCUGGAAAGAGAGAGCCUCUCAGGCUAGGACACAGCCACCAUCAAAGCAAGCCUUAGUAAAGCGGUUUGCUUUUCUAGGCUACUCUUUGUUCCUGUAUGCUAUGCAAGAGACCCACAAACUCCUAUAUUCCCCCAGGGGAGACUCAGAAGGUAGCUGAAUAGGAAGCACAUAGGCUUAUCUCGAGCCUGCAGUGGGGUGGCAUGUACUAAACCUGCAUCCUGACCUCUGCACAGGACUGCCUGAGACAGAAUUAGAAAUCUCCAAGUUUUCCACACCCAAGAGAACUAAGGGGAGGCCAGUUGAGCCAAGAACUACUGGGCUCUGACCAGGCUAGGAACAACUUGAUCACAUAUUUUAUAACCAUUGCCUGUUGCAUCAGAUGCCAGUAAGAUGCCCAGAAGAUGGAAGAGAUGAAGACACUGUCUUCACUAAUGUUAUUAUGUCAUGUAAGCCUCUUCCUCCAUAUAUCUGGACACCAUUUUAGAGAGAAGACAAAGGGCAGAGACAAGAUGGCAAUUUUCCAAAAGUUUCAGCAUUACCUUAUGAUAUUAUAAAUUAUAUUCCCUUUAUAUCAGACUAUGUUUUAAACUGGCUAGGACUAAAAGUUAAUUUUUUCCAGACUUCCCACGGGGUGGGAAGGACAUGUAAGUUCUUGUAGGAAAAUUCCACUUCCUCUGCACAUCUGAAUUGCAAUGAGUAAAUCUGCAACCAUAUAUCUAAGUUUCUUUCCAUUUUCUUCUUAGCAAUCAUCCUUUAAGAUCCAGCUCAAAUACAGUCUUGUAUUUCAGUGUUGCAGAUCAUCUGCUCAUCAUUUUACAAGGUUUCAAAUUUGAAAGCAAAAUAGCAAGAAAUACAGUGGUUUAUACUUUUCUCCCUAUACAUACACACCUAUGAUACAGUUUAAUUUACAAACUGGCAUAGUUAGAGAUCAACAAUAACUAAUAGUAAAAAUAAAAAUUAUAACAAUAUGCUGUAAUAAAGGUUACUGUAGGUCUUAGCCACCUUAGCAUACGAUUUUUUUUCCUUAUAAAGUCAAGAACUUUUACCUUUUCACUUAAAGGAAGCA